GAGUAGACAUCAGAAAGAGGAGUAGAGGCUCUGUAGAGCUAGAGGGUCAACACUCAACAGGGAAGGCGAGAUGCUGUGAAUGAAAUUAUUAAUCUUGAGUGGAUGUAGUUUGACGAAGAUGUCCCCCUCUAAAAAUGAAGCUUUCAAUAUUUUAGUUAUCCGAAUUCGUCUCUGGGAACACUCUCAUUGAUAGGUUCUUCCAUGGCGACUCAGGAAGAAACCCCGCCACAAGUAUUUAUCAAUUUUCGCGGAGCCGAGCUGAGCCAGAGCUUUGUCACUCACCUCACGAUAGCGUUGAAAAGGGACGGAGUCAAGGUCUGUGUAGGUGCUGAAAACCCUAUUUUCAAUGGGAUUGAAGAGUCGAGAAUCGCGCUUGUAAUCUUCUCUAAGAGGUAUACAGAAUCGAAAUGGUGCUUAGACGAGCUGGUGAAGAUCAAAGAACGAGUGGAGGAAGGCAAACUCUUGGCCAUUCCCGUUUUCUACAAGUUGAAUUCGGAUGAAUUCAAAGGGCUUGAAGGAGAUUUUGGUUUAAACUUGUUGAAGAGUAAUUCUGGGUAUGAUGAGCUCAAGAAAUGGAAGGAAGCUUUGGAUUUCAUUUUGCAAAAGCCUGGGUUUUUGUUUAGUGACGAGAGUAAUUUGGCCGCCAUUAUUCCACUCACUGUCAUGCAUGUCAAGCAAGAAAUCUGCCGUCUUUCAAUGGGUCAAACUGAAAAUUCACAUUUCUGGCUGAGCGAAAAACAGAAAGAUGCGUUUAUGGACAUUACUUUGGCAGUGAUGAUAUCCGAGGAUUUGAAAAGGGUGGAAGGUGAAACUGUUGGUGUUCUCUUGGAUGCAAAUUCUGAUGUAAAUCCAGACGAAGCUGAGAGUGUAGCAAAAUUUUCUCAAAGUUCAAGGGAUGAUGAUAUAAAUCUGAGGAAGGAUGACAAUUUCCUUGGUGAAGCAAACUCUGAUGCAACCUCUAAUAGAAGGCGUAUCGUUAGCAAGAGCUCUAUCCUGGUGACCGACGAUGAACACCCACCACUAAAUCAAGUAUUCGUCAAUUAUCUGAGAGCUGAGCUGCGUCAUGGCUUUGUAGCUCGCCUCAAUGUGGCUUUGAAAAGUGAAGAAGUCAACGUAUAUGAGGACACAGUUGAUGAUACUAGUAACAUUUUCAAGAGGAUUGAGGAGUCGUGGAUCGCACUUGUUGUCUUCACGAGCAAGUACACACAAUCAACAUGGUGCUUAUACGAGCUGGAGAAGAUCAAAGAACGAAUGGAUGAAGGCAAGCUUUUUGUCAUUCCAAUCUACUACAAGGUUAAGGAAUCGCAUGUAAGGGACCUGGCAGGCUCUUUCAAUAAUAUGUUUCAUCGGGAUAAACAUACCAUUAAAUGGAAGGAAGCUCUGAUGUCUGUAUUGGACAGGCCGGGUUUCGUGUUAGAUAACAGAAGUGAUGAGACCGAAUUUAUCACUAAUGUCGUUGUGUAUGUAAAGAAUGUAAUGACCCAGAUUUCACUGGAGCAUAUAGAAAAGUUAUAUGAGCGGCAGAGUGAGCAGCAAGGAGAUGCCUCUAUGAACUCUUCCAGAUCAGCUAAUCUGAGACUGACAGGGGUAGAUGGUGAAAGAGACGGCGUUCUAUGGGAUACAAAGUCAGAUGUAAAUCCAAAGAAAGCCGAGAUUGUUCAAGCUAAAGCAAAAUCAAGAAGAGGUGAUAGUCUGAAUCCAAGAAAGGAAGACACAUUCCUUGCUGAAGCAAACUUUGAUGCAACCUUUAAUUUACAGAAUAGUCUUGAGAACAAGCGAGUUGACUCAACCAUUGAAGAAAAAAAGCAAGAAAAUGUUAGAGAAAGCUCUACCAUGGUGAUGAACGACAAACCCCAGCCAGAGCAUAAAGUGUUCAUCAACUUCCGCAGAGCUGACCUGCGCCAUGGCUUUGUUGGCCACCUCGUGAAAGCCUUGAAUAUGGUUGGAUUCACCGUCUAUAUAGAUUUAGAUGAUACGAUGGGUAAAGAUCUUGGAAACCUUUUCAAGCGGAUCGAGGAGUCACAAAUUGCGCUUGUAAUCUUCUCCAGCAUGUACACUAAAUCUUCAUGUUGCUUAAAAGAGUUGGUUAAAAUUAAAGAGCUGAUGGACAAAGGUAAUCUCGUAGUCAUUCCAAUUUUCUAUAAGGUGGAGUCAUUGGAGGUUAAACAACUGAAGGGAGAUUUUGGUGUUAAUUUUUGGAAUUUGUGGAGGAUUAAUCGGAAUCACCAUAUCAUUAAAUGGAAGGAAGCUUUGGAGUCUGUUGCGUCUAUGGUGGGCAUCUAUUCGAAGGAGAACAGUUCUGAGAGCAAGUUCAUCGCUGUCACUGUCAAGAAAGUCCUAGAGAGAAUUUCUCUGCGGGAAGCAGAAAAUACUGAGUUGCCCACAGGAAAAGGAGGAAAGCAUGAAACAUAUCUUAACAAUCAGUACCUCUUUGGAAUAGAGAAACGAAUGGAGCAAUUAGAGAAGAAGUUAGAGUUUGAUUGCAAUGAAACUCGAAUUGUUGGAGUUGUUGGCAUGCCUGGUAUUGGUAAAACUACCCUUGCAGUGAUGCUGCAUGAAAAGUGGAACUGCAAGUUUUUACGUUGCCUUCCUUUUCUGGGUAUACGUAAGAAGUCAGAGGACUACGGGCCAGUGUGGCUACGAAAGACACUCCUGGAAGUGUUACUCGAGGGAAAGUUUCUUGUGAUAAGUAACAAGACAACACAUGAAUCCGUGAAGGACAAACUGCUUCAGUCUAAAGUUUUUAUUGUUCUCGAUGAUGUGAGUAAUAAGAAACAAUUAGAUUUUCUUCUCGGUGACCUUGACUGGAUUAAGAAGGGAAGCAAGAUUAUUAUUACAACGUGUGACAAGUCAUUGCUUGAAGGACUUUCUCAUGAUACUUACGAGGUUCCGGAAUUGAACUAUAGAGAGGCCUUUCAACUCUUUAGUCAUCAUGCCUUCGGUCUUCAAAUCUGUAGUCCCACCGGUGCCUUCUUGACGCUCUCUAGAAUGUUUGUGGAUUACGCUCGAGGACACCCAUUGGCUCUCAACUUACUAGGUAGGGAACUUCAUGGGAAAGACAAGGCUGACUGGGAGUUUGAAUUGGAAGCAUUGACAAAAAAUUCCAGUAUGAUGUUCCAAGAUGUCUGGAGAUUCUCUACUGAUCAACUUAAUGAGAGGCAGAAAGAUGUGUUUCUUGACAUAUUGUGUUUAUUCAAAUCAGAGGAUGAGUAUUUUGUUAGGAGUUUACUAGAUUCAGAAGAUCCUGACUCUGCUGAUGCUGUGAGUGAAGUAAAAGAUCUCGCCAACAAGUUCCUUAUUACAAUUUCUGGUGGUCGAGUAGAGAUUAAUGUUCUUCUGUAUGCGCUCAGUAAGGACCUUGGUUCCCCUCGAUUGCUUAGUAUGUGGAACUACAAAGAUAUCAUCAACAAACUAACGAAGAUGGAACUAUCAGAUGCUAAUAAUGUAAGAGGUAUUUUCUUUGACAUGUCAAAGUUAGCGAAGAGCAUCUACUUCGACAGUUCAACCUUCAUUAAUAUGUGUAAUCUUCGGUACCUGAAAAUAUACGAUCCUAGUUGUCCUCGUCAGUAUAAAGCGGACUCCAAAUUAAACUUCCCUGAUGGACUUGAAUUCCCCUUGAAAGCAGUCCGAUAUCUUUAUUGGGUGAAAUUCCCUUUAAAGGAACUUCCACCAGACAUAAGACCAGAAAAUCUUGUUGACCUUACGUUGCCAUUUAGCAUGAUUGAACGUGUUUGGGAAGGUGUUAAGGAUACACCACGAUUGAAGUGGGUAGAUCUGAGCCACUCCUGUUAUUUGCUCGACUUGUCGGCAUUAUCAAGAGCUGAGAAUCUUCAAAGAUUAAAUCUGGAAGGCUGCACCAGUUUGGAAGAGUUGCCGGUGGAAAUCCAGAAUAUGAAGUCUCUCGUUUUCAUGAACCUGAGAGGAUGCACACAUCUUUCAUAUCUUCCCAAGAUGAAUUUUAUAUCUCUUAAAACUCUCAUCCUUAGUGACUGCUCAAACCUCGAGGAAUUUCGGCUUAUCUCUGAAAGUUUAGAAGUACUACAUCUAGAUGGCACUGCAAUUAAGGGACUUCCUCUAGCCAUCAAAAAGCUCCAGAGACUUAUCUUAUUGAAUUUGAAGAACUGCACAAUGUUGGAGUGUCUACCCAACUGUUUAGGAGAGCUGAAAGCUCUUGAAGAGCUUAUACUUUCUGGUUGUUCAAGGCUUAAGAAUCUUUCAGAAUUAAGGGAAAACAUGAAACAUCUCCAGAGUUUACUUAUCAACAGGAUAGGAGCAAAAGAGAUGCCAAACAUAUCCUGUGCCAAUAUAUCAGAAGGCCAAACUUCUGCAGAUAUGGUCGUACAACCUUUUGGCCCAAGGCAAUGGCCACGUGGUGUUAAUGGAGUAUGCUCUCUGCGACGUCUAUGUUUAAGCGGAAAUGAUUUUGUCAGCCUGCAAACUGAUAUUGGGAAACUUUACAAUCUAAAUUGGCUGGACUUGAGGCACUGCAAAUUGCUGACCUCUAUACCUAUGCUUCCACCAAGACUUCAGUACUUUGAUGCUCAUGGCUGUGAUUCACUGGAAAGAGUUGCAAAUCCUCUGGCUCUUCCAGUGCUGUCGGAGCAGAUCCAUGCCACAUUCAAUUUUUCCAACUGUAACAAGUUGGAUGAAGAUGCUAAGGAUAGUAUCAUAUCUUAUACUCGGUGGAGAAGCGAGUUAGUUUUAGAUGCACUCUCUCGAUACAAUGUGGGUUCGGUUUUGGAAGAUUUCACUGGAUCUUGCUUACCUGGAUGGGAUAUACCAGCGUGGUUUAGUCACCAAGCCUCUGGGUCAGUGUUAAAGCAAAAACUUCCUCAACAUUGGUGUGACAACCAGUUUACUGGGAUAGCUCUGUGCGCUGUUAUCCUAUUUCCUGACUACCACAAGCAGAGGAACCGUCUCUUAGUAAAAUGUAAUUGUGUGUUCAAUUACAAAGACAGGUCUCAUAACCGUUUUAUUAACACUAUUGGCAGUUGGAGGGAACCAAGUAACACACCGGGGAAGAUUGAGUCGUCUCAUAUCUUUGUUGGCUAUACCAGUACGUUGGAUAUCAAGAAAUAUGGUGGGGAAGAAGAUGAAGAGGGAUGUAGUCAAACUGAGGUUUCUUUUGAAUUUCAAGUGACAGAUGGUACAGAUGUGUUAAAAGGUUGCAAGGUGCUGAAGUGUGGCUUUAGUUUGGUUUAUGCAACCAAUGGAAGGGAGAAUAUAAGGUGGGAUGCAGAGACUGUUGAAAUUCCAGAAAGGAUUGAGAACGUCCUAGGUAAAGCAAUAUCUUAUGGAAACUCUGGAAGUCAUGUUGAUACCCAAUAUGAAUCUUACUCUGGUCCAUGUUCGGGAAAGGAUGCAAAUUUCUUAUAUGAAGCAAAAUCUGACGCUAACCCAAAUGUAGGGAAGAGUUUUGAAAACAAGGAAGUUGACCUUCCAAAUGAAGAAGAAGACGCAGGAAGAGAAAUCAUUGUAAGCUCUUAUCGUGACAACACAUCUUCAGGAAGUUUAGAGAAGCUUAAAAUGCAUUCUUUUGUUGGAGUUGAACUACGACUCAAGCAAAUGGAAAAGGCCUUGUUUUCGACACCAGGAAAAACACAUAUUCUUGGAGUUGUUGGAAUGCCCGGCUUUGGUAAAACAACUCUUGCAAGAGUUUUGUUUGAAAAGCGUGGGUGUAAGUUUCCAAGGCACUUGUUUUUAACAGUGUCAAAAAAAUACAGCCUGGAGCAGUUGAGGAGGGUAUUCCUGAAGGAGUUACUCAAACACGUAAAUCAAGACAUGGAUGACGAAACGACUCAUGAAUCGGUCAAGGAUAAACUGCGUCAGGCCAAAAGUUUUGUUGUUCUCGAUGACGUGAGUGACAAGAAGCAAUUAGAGUUUCUCCUUGGCAACCUUGACUGGAUUAAGAAGGGAAGCAAGAUUGUGAUUACAACGCGUGACAAGUCAUUGCUAGAUGGAUUGGCUCAUAAUACUUGUGUGGUCCAACAAUUGAACAACAGAGAAGGCUUUCAACUCUUUACUUAUCAUGCCUUCUAUAAUCAAAUGUAUCUCUCAGAAACCUUCCUGUCACUGUCCAGAAUAUUCGUGGAUAAUGUUCCAGGUAACCCACGGGAUCUCAAGCAACUGGGAAGCGACCUAUGUGGAAAAGAUGAAGCCUACUGGCAACAUGAACUGCAAAGAGUGAAACAAAAUUUUAGUAUUGAGAUGAGAGAUGUGUGGACAUUCUCUAUUGACCAACUUAAUGAGCGACAGAGAGAUGUAUUUCUCGACAUAGUACAUUUUUUCAAAUCAGAAGACGAAAAUUUUGUUAAAAGUUUACUGGAUUCAGGAAAUCCUGAAGCUGUGAGUGAAGUAAGAGAUCUUGCUGACAAGUUCCUCAUUACAAUUUCUGAUGGGCGAGUAGAGAUGCAUGAUCAACUGUAUACAUUGGGUAAGGACCUUGGUUCUCCCGGGCAGCAUAGGCUGUGCAACGACAAAGAUAUCAUCAACAAGGUGACAAAAAUGAAACAAGCGGAGGCUAAUAACGUGAGAGGUAUUUUCUUAGACAUGUCACAAAUAAGGGAGAGUAUUGCCUUGGAACGUAUGACCUUCACCGAUAUGCGAAACCUUCUAUACCUCAAGAUAUAUGAUUCUUAUUGUCCUCGGAAAUGUAAAGCUGACUGCAACUUAUAUUUCCCGGAUGGGCUUGAGUUCCACAUGGAAGAGGUUCGAUAUCUCCAUUGGGUGAAAUUCCCGUUGCAGGAACUUCCACCAGACUUCAGACCCGAGAAUCUUGUAGACCUGAGGCUGCCUUAUAGCAAGAUAGAACGUGUUUGGGAAGGUCUUAAGGAUACACCACGGUUGAAGUGGGUUGAUUUAAGGCACUCAAGUAAGUUGCUCGACUUGUCAGCAUUGUCAAAGGCUGAAAAUCUUCAAAGAUUAAAUCUGGAAGGCUGCACGAGUUUGGAUGAGCUGCCGUUGGAGAUACAAAAUAUGAAGUCUCUUAUUUUCCUGAACCUGAGAGGAUGCACAAGUCUUUGCUAUCUUCCAAAGAUGAAUUUAAUCUCUCUAAAAACUCUCAUCCUCAGUGACUGCUCAAACCUAAAGGAAUUUCAGUUAAUUUCUGAGCGUGUAGAAUUUCUGCAUUUGGAUGGCACAGCGAUUGAAGGACUUCCUCCAGCUAUACAGAACCUCCAGAGACUUGUCAUGUUGAAUUUGAAAAACUGCACAAUGCUGGAGACUCUUCCCAACUGUUUGGGAAAGCUGAAAUUUCUUGACGAGCUAGUACUCUCUGGUUGUUCAAGGCUUAAGAGUCUUCCAGAUGUCAGGCAUAGCUUAAAACAUCUUCAGAUUUUACUUCUUGAUGGCACAGGAGCAAAUGAGAUGCCAAGUAUGUCGUGCUUUACUGGAUCCGAAGGCCCAGCUUCUGCUGAUAUUUCCUUACAACCUUUUCCGUUAUAUUCCACCAUGAGAGAAUAUGCAUGUGGUGUAAAUGGAUUAUCCUCACUACGACGUUUAUGUUUGAGUGGAAAUGAUUUUGUCACCCUGCAACAUGACAUUGGGAAACUAUAUAAUCUGAACUGCCUUGACGUGAAGCAGUGCAAAAAGCUGAAAUUUGUUCCAACGCUUCCACCAAGACUUCAAUACUUUGAUGCCCAUGGAUGUGAUUCGUUGGAAAGAGUUGCAAAUCCUCUAGCCCUUCCGGUGCUGUCUGGGCAGAAAUAUGCAAAAUUCAAUUUUUCCAACUGCGAUAAGUUGGAUCAAGACGCAAAAGAUAGUAUCAUAUCCUAUACUCGGUGGAGAAGCCAGUUAAUGCUAGAUGAACUCACUCGUUACGAUGAGAGUUCUGUCUUGGAAGCUUUUACUGGAACUUGCUUUCCUGGUUGGGAAGUGCCGGCAUGGUUCAGUCAUCGAGCUUUUGGACUGGUGUUAAAGCCAAAGCUGCCUCUACACUGGAGCGACAACAAGUUUACAGGAAUAGCUCUGUGCGCUGUUAUCUCAUUUCAAGGCUAUCAUGAGAGGAACCGUCUCUUAGUGAAAUGUAAAAGUGUGUUUAAUAAUGAAGAUGGGUCUUGUAUCCGCUUAAGUUCCACUGUUGGCAGUUGGAGCCCAUCAAAUAACACGCCAGGGAAGAUUGAAACAUGUCAUAUCUUUAUUGGCUAUAUUAGUAUAUUGGAUAUCAAGAAACUGGGAGAGGAAGAUAAAGAAAGAUGUAGUCACAGUGAUGCUUUGUUUGAAUUUCAAGUGACAGAUGGUACAGAAGUGUUAGAAGGUUGCGAGGUGCUGAAGUGUGGCUUUAGUUUGGUCUAUCUGACGGAUGAAUUGCGGGUUAAAUCUGGUGUACGUGGAGCCCCUCUUGAAGCUAAUCACUGCAGAGAUUAUUCAAAAAACGUGGCUAUCUUGGAAACUGAAGCAGCAGAAAGAUCUUCUGACGGUGGGGACAAGGUACUUGAACUGCCAAAUAAAAUGAUAGCACUUGAAGUCGCUUCAAGUUCCGAACCACCUAUUGCUAAGUCUCGUUUUUCCUGGACUAAAUAUAGAACCGUAUCAAACAAUUCAGAAAGAGAGAGACACAUUCGAGCGUUAGAGGUCGACGCCCAGUUGUCUGAGGAGCCUCAACAUCACAUCGACGACAUUAUUCCCAUGGUUGCAUCGUCUUCUGAAGCUGGAAUCCGACAAAGCCACCCUCAGGUUUUCGUCAGUUAUCAUGGAGCUGAGCUGCACAGGACCUUUGUCAGACAUCUUGUGAGUACUUUGACAGAUGCAAGGGUCAGCGUUUUCACAGACAACGACAAGGGGAAUGGGACAAAACAACUGAUACAACUCUACCAGAGAAUAGAGGAGUCUAAGAUUGCACUCGCCAUCUUCUCCAAGAGGUAUGUAGAGUCAAAUAUAUGCUUAAACGAGCUUGUGAUGAUGGACGAGCUCGCGAAGGAAGGAAAACUCUUGGUGAUCCCCAUUUUCUACAAUGUGAGAUCAAGUGACGUGAGAAGCCUCAAGGGAGAAUUUGGCCAACAUUUCAAGGAAAUGAGAGAGAGGUACAAGGACGAACUUGAGAAAGUACGGAAGUGGGAAGCUUCUGUGAAGUCAAUUGCAAAGACAAUCGGCAUACACUCGGAAGUUCACGGCGAAGAUGCCUCUCUUGUUGAAGCAACUGUUGAAGCAGUUCAGAGAGCGCUAACCAAAAUUUCUGAAGGAAGUCUUAAGUAUCUGGGAAGUGUUAAUACGCCAACUGACCAUGUUUUCGCCCUUUUUGUGACUUUUCUUUCCUGUCUCAUCAUGUCUCCUCUACUUUUCAUUGAGGCAUAUUCUAUUUCGAGUGUUAUGUGGUUAGUGAAUGUUCUGGUUAUGGUGGUUGUUGUUGUGGUCCUUUACCAGAAAAUUUGCAGAUGGAGAGACCACAAGACACAAUCGUCUGCAACCAUAUCACCACCACCUUAAGCAAAGUCAGAUAGCAGCAUAUUUAGGAAAUGGUUUGGUGCGUGGCCCAUCUCUGCUAUGUUUGUUUUGCUUACUACAUUUGGAAUAAUUACUACUUGUACUACUUCUGCUCGUCCGGGGAAUUCUGCUAGAGACAUUUUCUUGGACCUGAAACUCUUUGAUUUUGAAGUUGUAUGAACAUAUUUAUUCAUCAGUUUCUUUGUUAUGCUGCCUACUAACGCCAUGGGGCAUUCUUCAACUA